CCUUCGGAGUGGAACAAACACGGAAAUCAGUCUGAAAAACACACGCCAGGAGCAUCGCGCGUUUCUAUAUUUUUUCACUGCAGCUGAUGAGAAAAAGGGAGUUAGUGUUUAGUAUUUUAAAAAGGCAAAUUUCUGUAUUAUUAUACUUCUUAAAUUCAUUUUAAAAAAGCAAACUUCGUCGAAUGUAAUAAAGCAUUAUUGCGUGUUUGGAACCGUCGCAAAAUUGGCUUUUCCCAAACACUGCCCAACAUCUGGGCCAUGAGUGGGGGUGUGUGACAGCUCAAUUUGCCACCCCGACGCGUGUGUACAAAAUGUGAUGUGAGGUUUUUGGUUUGUUGUUAAUCUAGUUGCUUGUAUGGCGGAAAAGAAAUGCUGCUGCUAGCUAUUUCUUGCCAGAAAGUUUUUAAAUUGAGUUAUUAAAAAAAUAGCAAGAAGUCUUCUCUGGCUUUUUCUUAGUACUUUGCUGCGCUACCCGCAGCCUGGAUCCUCAUAUAAAGCGCACUGCUACGAGUGUGAUAGAAAGGAAGUCCAACGUAUCAAAAUAAACCCCCUGAGGGGUAAGUGUUCUUGAUCCCAAUCUUUGCUGCGAAAAAAAAAAACGGAUGGAAGCUGCGAUGUGGGUGCGCGUGUGAUUAUUAUAGAUGACGUAUUCCUAGUUUCGGUUGCCUGUUCCUAAGAGCUCAAUUGCAGAUGCUACAUAUUUCGUCCUGCGUAGGUCAGAUGAUAAAUUUUCCUAACACAGCUGAAACGAAAUCUGCCGCAAGAAAAUAGGUAGCAAGGCAACAACAUUCGCAAGAAAAGUCAAAUACGUUCCGAACGAGCGCACUCACACCAUCGGAAUCGGGGCACUUGAUUCGAGAAGUUUACGCUGAAAGGAAACACCAGCAUGGGAAGCCUGCCAAAUUUGAGUGAUUUGUCGACGGAGAAGCUGGAGAAGCGUUUGAAAGAACGCGAAAGGAUUCUCGCCCGGGAGCGUAUUAUCGAGCGGGACUUUAUUCGUGAUAGAGAUGCAGCGCUGAUGGUAGCGGCGGCACGAGGACACGAACGACCGCCGAUGUUUGUGCACCAGCAACAGAUCGCAGCGGUCAGAACAUUCUUUCAGCAGAAGCAUCCACCCAUGGGACGAAAGGUGAUGCGAACCCGCAGUUCCGGACAGGCACAUCAUAUUUGGGAUGACCCAAUGAUAGAGCAAUACCUCAACAACUAUUCCUCGCCUGCCUCAUCGCGCAGCCAUCGUAUCAUGGUAGCCCCAACCAUUGCCAGUGGUUUUCCCUUCCAAAGUUCUACUCUCGGGAACCGGCGACGUGACUCCGGUAACAGCUCGAUUGGGGCCACUUCGGUACGACGUUUGCUCACGGUGAACAACCGCAGCUACGGAUGUCGACACAAAAUUCCGGCGCACGUCCGUUCGAAGGUCACGAAAACCUUCAUCUUGCUUACCAUUGCUCACGGACUGAUGUGUGCAGCGAUCAUCCCGCUGCUAGGAUUGCAGGGAUCAAAUUCUACUUGGUUCCAGCAGGAAUCGUGGUUUGCCAUGGGACCUGACGUAGGAUCUGGUUUGCUGAGUAUGUGCUGCUUGCUGUCGGCUUUGAUGUGCUUGGUGACGACGAAAGUUCUGCGCAGAUUUGGUUACUCGAUUGUGUUGGCUUUGGUCUACGGUAGUUUAUGUAUCUUUCUGGCCACUCAUAUUUAUCCGGUACUGGUAUCGUUGGUACCCGGAUACCUUAUACUAGGCUUAGCGUUGGGACCGUCGGUUAUAUGUAAGCAGACUUUAGUUGUUUCAAUGGCGGGAAAGCUGAGCUGUUCCCAGCCGGAGUGUGGAGGAACCAGUAUGGCUGGUAUCAAUGCUGACAGCUAUGAUGAUCACAAGUUGCUGUGCAGUAGGGAUGAAAGUAUUCGACGGUUUUGCAGAUGGUACAAAGCAGCCGGUGAUUUUGGAAUGAUUAUUGGAACGAUAGUAGCAUCUUUUAUCCUAACGUGUGCCUCAUCUAAUAGAGUAGGAUGUUACUAUAUUACGGCUCUAUCUUCCGUGAAUACUUCUGCGUCCGUCUUAGCGCAGUACAAUAACACUGCUAUCUCAUCACUAUCGUCCAGCAGCGUAGCUUACCAUCAACCGUCCAUUGAAUUUGGUUCUACUUCAACCGAUUACAAACCUCCUGAACCUAAUCCAACAACGAAAGUGACUACACCUGAUAUGCCCAGUUUUCGAGAAACCUUGUUCUUUUUGUACAACAUUCGAGUUCAUCAGAACAGAGAUGAAGACGAUGUUUUCCAGCUGGACCGGUUCCCUUACAGCACCUUCCAAACCAAUGAUCAUGGCGAACGAAUCUGUGGAUCACAUCUUUGUCCCGUGUGGGAUCGGAACAUUCCUCUGAACAGCAGUGCACUCAGUACGCUCAGUUUGCAAAGCUAUAGUGGCACCGUGCCGCUUAUGGGAAUAUACCUUAUUUUUGGAGUGAUCGCCUUAACUUUAACCGGAUUCACUGCGGAUAUCGAACAUAACGUUAAAUUCGACUCGAUUCGGAAAAUGUCCGAUACGCUGUUGUUCGCCGGACCGAUGGCGUACUUUAUCGGAACUGAGCAGGGAUAUAUGCUAGCGGAUUUUAUGAAGGCCUUUGUAUCCUGUGAACUGGGACCAAACACCGUAGCAGGAGCAAUGAUUGGAAUGGGCAUCAUGCAGUUGAUCGCCGCGUGCACCUUGAGUAUGCUGUUAAGGCACACCAAGCGAGUUAUCGUUAUAAUUGCCGGAUUCAUCUUCCACGCGUGCCUACUCUUGGUGCUGCUUCGCUGGAAGCCCUCGAAAGACGACAGCGCCGUACUGUACGUUAUACCGGCGGCCUGGGGUGUCUGCAAUGCGGUAUGGGAAACCCUUAUCACUGCCCUUGUCACCCUAACGCACAGCAUCAAGGUAGCGGAAGUUCAGUCACCAUUGCAGGCGCUACGAUUUCUCGGACUGGGAAUCACUUUCGCCGGACACGGACUACUUUGUGAGGCACCGAAGAUCAUCAUAUUAGCUAUUCUGUUGGUGAUUUCCGUCGUUCCCUACACCAUGCUGGAACUGAAGCUGGAAAGUCAGCGAAAGGCUGCUAAAAUAAACUUAUGACGUUUCUGUACCCACGACUACUAAUGUUUAAUGAAGGUAAAAUACUUCUAGACGUGAAGGUCUGGACAUAUUUUAUGUUACCUACUCACGUGCGCGGUUUGAGAGUUGGUCCUGGUGUUGCGAGUCAUUCCAUCCGUAAUGAUUCAAAUCAAAUUUUUGCCCAGUUUAUGUUGGAAUCGAACGACAAACCAGUGUUGAGAUCCUAAGAAUGAAGAAUAAACAUUAUUUGUGAUAUAUAAAAACAUUGCUUCUAGUAGAUGUUUGCAGCGGAAAAUGUAACUGAAGUUUAUAUGUAUAAUUAGUGGGCCCAUAAAUAACAAAUGUUUAUUUAUUUCGAUUCUGAUAUAGUCAUAGGAUAUGAUUGUAUUUUUUAUCAACAACUUGAGAAAUUUCGUUUCUUGACAAAUGCGCAUCAACUCUGUAGUAAUCCCUAAAUUUCAAUAACGUUAUGUUUGCGAAAACGAGGUCCCAAAACUCUAAAAUAUGUUGAUAGUGUUCUGUUAAUCGGACAACCAUGAUAUGUUGAUUGUUGCUUUAAUUUCUAAAAUUGAUGCUCCACAUAUCGGAAUGUCAAGCAGCCAUAAAAUGUUGCUUUAGAAAGUUUCAUACUAUAUCUUGAUAUAACAGCACACCAAAAUUUGGGCACCCAAAUCAACAGAUUAUCUUACAAUAAGUACAGUUCCUCAUUGGGACCGCUUCACUUCGCUACGUUAUUUGAUUGUGGUAAAGACAUAUUUAUCCUCUGAAAUGUAACUGCGAUGCUCACUAAAAAGAUAAUGUAAACACUUUAGUAGAUAACAUAUGAGUGCAUAUAAAGAUGGCUCCUUCAGUAGCGCAUCAAGUAGGCUCAGAGUCCCAAAAUCAACAAUAUCAAAAAAAAAAUAGUAAAAUUCCACGUUAACCGCGGUUGUUCAAAAAACAAGUUAACAUACAAUCAGAAAAGUCCUUACAUUAAAAACAAUGUACAUAUUGGUUCGAAGCGCGGAUUCUGGCACUGUUUAGAAUUUUCUAGUGUGUCCAGACUAACUAACAAAUGAAGAAGCUACUAACACGAAAGACAACAUAAAUUAAAAAAUAUUGAUUACAAAGCUGUAGCUCUAGGUAGCGUUAGGAAGUAAUGCUAAAACGCACGCACCUGGGCAUCUCCAAUUCGUCACUCAAUCAAAAAAAUAAUGAUAUCAUUACCGAAAACUCAACGGCUUAACUCAAGUUCACAACAGAUCAAUUCAGCUCGUCAUGCUGUCGAUAAAAACAAUGACGCUGCUAGUAAGAUGUUAUAAUGCCACGAUGCCUGAUAUUCUUUUACAUAUAGAAUCUGUACAACAGCAGGUUUGCUAUUAGGUGUAUGAUAAAAUUGACUAAAACAGCUCUUAGAGACAGGCACAGAUUCUACCAGCAGUAACUCAAUGUAAACCCGUAUAAAAAUAACAAUAUUGGUUGUAGACUGGAACUGAUCAAAAUCGUAGCCCUAGGUGAAAUUGUAUGUAAUGAUGUUUAGACAAAACAAAAAUGUAGCUUGAAUUUGUUGCACGUAAGAAUUACAAAUAUCAUCUAGCUUCGGACAUUCCGAACUACUGAGUAAACGGAUGAUCGGAAAUUAAGAGAAAAAAUCGGAGGAAUAUUGGACAACAGAAGCCAUUUAUAAUAGAGAUUCUUCGUAAACAAACCGAAAACCCGCUGCUGAAGUGCUUCGACAGAACUGUACUAUGUAAUAGUGCAUAAGAUAACUGGAUGAUGGAAUUUGGAAUAAAAAUGAUGAAAAGCAA